AACGGUUGUCGAGGGGGAGGGCGGACGGGCGGCAGGAGCGGGAGGUCUCUGUUUCCCCGGCAGCGAUUUUCGAGUGUGGCGCUCUUAGCAGCUCGGCGGGUGCGCGCAGUCGUCCCAUUUUAGGGGCUCCCGCCGGCGGCUUCCGCAGAAAGCGAAACUCCGUCUCAUUAGGCGUUGCCGUCCAUAAGGAGCCGGCGUAAUUGUCCGCUUCAUUGCUCCCCGGGAGGGGGGGUGAACCCGCCUGCUCGGCGUGACUUCGUUGGCACGCAAGAAAAUUUGUUCUGGUCGUGGCUCCUCCGGGCGCGGGACGAAGGAGAUCGGCGAGGGAUUAGAAGAGGACCACUUCCUCUGGGUAGCCGGCGGGGGGAGAGAGGAGAGGGAAGGAAGAAAAGAAAGGACAAGCCUUCCUCCUUGCGCUAGGCUGGGCAUGAGCGAGAGUGAGGCGGCGACCACCCCGUCUUUCGAGAUGACCUGGAGCAGCACCACGAGCAGUGGCUACUGCAGCCAAGAAGACUCUGACUCGGAGCUCGAGCAGUAUUUCACGGCCCGGACCUCGUUCAUCCGCAAGCCCCACAAGGAGAAGGAUGAGCAGAUUGACUGGGAAAAACCCACUCUGUCCCAAGCUGAAGUUGAACAGAAGAUAAAAGAAUAUAACAGCCAGAUCAAUAGCAACUUGUUCAUGAGCUUGAACAAAGAUGGUUCCUACACUGGCUUCAUCAAGGUACAAUUAAAGCUAAUCAGGCCAGUCUCGGUACCUGCCAAUAAGAAGGCACCCUCUAUCCAGGACACCAGGAAGAGCUCAUCCCGUAGCCAGGCUGUAAAGCGUCGCACCUCAUUUUACCUGCCCAAGGACACAGUCAAGCACCUGCAUAUAAUUUCUCGUACACGUGCUAGUGAGGUCAUUGAGGCCCUGCUCAAGAAGUUUAUGGUAGUUGACAACCCCCGCAAGUUUGCCCUCUUUGAAAGAACUGAAAAGGAAGAUCAAGUGUAUCUCCGCAAGCUUUCUGAUGAGGAGCAGCCACUGCAUCUCCGGCUGCUUGCUGGCCCAAGUGAAAAGGCACUCAGCUUUGUUCUGAAGGAAAACGAGACAGGAGAAGUUAAUUGGGAUGCUUUUAGCAUGCCUGAGCUACAGAAUUUCCUGCGCAUCCUGCAGCGUGAAGAAGAGGAGCAUGUUCGGCAGAUCCUGCAGAAAUAUGCCCAUUGUCGCCAAAAAAUGCAAGAGGCUCUGGCCACCCGUACUCCAGGUUGACAAGGUGCCCUACACCAGGCCAAGCACUACAGUAAAUAUUAGAUACCGGAUGCAGAGAAGCAGUGGAGCCAAGUGGACUACGAGUGAAGUGAUCCUGGGACUGUCUGUGCGCUGAAUGUAUCUCUGGAGUGGGUGGGGAAAGGACGACAGGGAUGUUCAGAACUCUUUGUGAGCCCAUGAUUGGUGCAUGUGUGUGUGCUCCCCAUGGCGUGAAUGGUGAAUAGAGUUGUUGGAUGCAUGACACAGCGGGAUCAGGUAGGGAAGUAAAGAUGUCCUUGUGGGAUGUGUCUGAAAAUGGGAAGGUUAGUUGUGCUGCUGUAGCAGCUCCUUUCAAAGUGCCAAGAUAGUAAUGCCCCUGCUGUACCAGAAACUGGCUGAGUGAUAUCAUCUGGCUUGAAUCUAGUGAUGCUUUGUGAUGGUAACAUAAAGAAGAUCAACCAAAGUGGCCUCAAAUGGAGAUGUACUCCUUAGAAGAGAAAUGGCUUGGCAAUCACAUUUAUUCCAAAUUUGUUUUUAUUUCUGUUGGAAUUUGACUGUGAGGAUUUGGUUUGAUCCACGUACUUGUAAAGCUGGUUGCAAAGUGGAACCCUCUGCCUAUAGGCCUUGUGUAUACUUUGGUCAUUCAAAAAAUGGGGAAUAAAGUUGCCUUCCAUCUCAGAUUUAAGUGAUGGGGAAGAGUAAUUGGAUGGAAACCUUGCUAGUGCAUGGUCAAGUUCAAGACGCCAAGGGAAAACCACAGUAGCAGAAUCCAAAGAAAUGGCAGGAGAAUACUUGUUGACUUUUCUGAUAUCCAGGGAAUAACAUAUAGACCAAAGCACAUCUUACUGGAAUUCCAAUACUUAUUUUGAGAUUACUAUUUUGACUAUGGUUGAAGAAAUAAGGACAGUAAAGGCAGUAUAAUGCUGAGCAACCUUCUGUGAGCAGUGUUCAAGAGACCAAGAAAAUCAAGAAAUACAGAUACCUCUUCUUGCCCAGACACCUUCUUUUUCAACCUUUGCUGUGGAAAAUGUGGACACCAGACAUAUAUAACAAAUCUCAGGAUUCAGGUUUCUCUUCUGCCGAAGACAAUGAUAGAUUUGUCCACUCCACCUUUUUGCUCAUACAUGCAAUAGCCAGGCAUAGGGGCAUGUCUGGGGAAUGUUCUUGAGCUAGCAGGAAAUUCCCUGUGUGUUAGUUGGUGUGGAGGUGUGUUUACUACUACAGUAAGUUCUCUGUCUUUUUAAAGUCAAGUACAUUGUCCAGAACAGACCUAAAAUAAAGUAGGCCUACUAAUAGAAGCUUUACUUUUCUGGUAUUUAAAACUGGGAUCGUCUCUUGACUGUCUUGAGAACCCAGUGGAGCCUUGGGGGCUCAGUUUGUGAAUGGUGCUGUUUGUAUAUCAAUAAAUAAAAAAAUUCAGGGGUGAGGAA